AUGGACUCGAUCUCUCAUGAAAAGAAGGUGCUUCCUUCGACCGAGAAGCCUGAACCCGUCAGAAGGCCCUCGUUGCUCCCGGCAUUCGAGCCAUUGUCAUCGUCGCCCGGUGGUCUCCCCCGGGCAUUGAAACGCAAAUUCCAAGAAGACGAAGACGACACGCGCAAGUUCUAUCCCACUCCUGUCCCGACCUCUGCUACCGGUAUCCUCUCGUCAUCGCCAAAUAGACGCGUUCCCGGCCUGCAACGUACCGCGUCCUAUUCCUCGCUUUCCGAGAGGGCUCCUCUAGGCGCGGUACCGAGUGUCAAGCUACCCUCCAAUGGCGAUCCUCUGCUCAUGGGACGUUCGAGUAACUCUUCCGACUAUCAGCUGUCAGCCAAUCGUCUGAUUUCACGCGUCCAUGUCAAAGCCACGUACAAUGCACCAGAAGGUCCGCGUCUCUCUGGCGAGAUGGUCGUCCAGUGUCUGGGAUGGAAUGGAGCAAAGGUCCACUACCAGGGAUCUGUCGUCGAGUUGGCUAAGGGAGAGAGCUUUGUUUCGCAAAAGCCUGGCUCACAGGUUAUGAUUGAUGUUCAAGAGACUCGUGUUUUGCUUGUAUGGCCCCAGGAAGAGAAGCAGUGUCCUUGGGACCUCGAGUCAUCCGUCAGCAGAGAAAACAGUGCCGUGCCUGAGAGGAUCGCGUCAAGUCCUCCUCCUGUUCUGCCCAGACUCCGCUCGCCAGAGUCUCCCUCGCCCAACCAACACGAUAGCGUUAACGACACUUUCUCCGAGACUUUCAUCGCAGACCCCUUCGACCUUCCCAGCAGCCCAGCCCCUGUCCACGUUUACGAGGACAAUGAGCCAGCUGAGGAUGAUGAUCUGCCUGCCUCGUCGACUCCCGUGCCCGCUACCAGACUCUCGCCUGAACCUGUCGACCGCUCAACACCAACUCCUACCAAGGCUAGCGUGCAGCAGUCCAUGUCAACCAACACCUCGGACGCACCUGAGGAAGUGCUUGAGAAUGAUGAGGAGAACGAUCCUAUUGUCCACUCGUUUGGCCCAUAUGGCGACAACCUUCUUACACGCUUCGAGUCCUUCAAGUCGACCUGUAAAGAGGAAGAACGUCCACGAGUCCCUCUAAAGAUCAGCCUCAAGUCUGUCAACCAACUACGCGCUGACACCCAACCCACCCAGCCCACUCGCAACCUUUCGCCCGUCAAGAAUCACAUCAUCAACCAGUUGGCCUUCACACGCAUCCAUUCCUUGCCUAUCUCGGCCAUUUACAACAACCUCCCAGCAGAAAUGAAGGGCGGCCGCAGCUUUGGCGAGAAAGCUCUGUCCUCAGAAGAACUUAAGGAUCUCAUGGACAGAAUCCCUUGUGUCGGCGAGAUCGCUCGCUCGGGUAAGGACGCUGCAGGCAAAGCUUUGGAGGACGAAUUCUACUACGUCCCCGAGAUGGACACUGACGAGCACCGACGCGCUGCCGUGAUGAUCGCCAAACCUCCUCUUAGAUCCACCCGUAAACAACACAAGCAAUACUAUUGGAAGAAGCCUCGUGUCUGA